AUGGCUCAUGGAAGCCAGAGCAAGACCCUCAAGGACUCGAUUGACGUUUUCUGCGAGCUACUACGUCCAUAUUCGCACCAUUUCGUCUCGUCUGCUUUUGGUAACGGUGGUGCAACAUUGUGCGCCGUGCCUGGUGUCAGGUGCAUCGGCGCCGGUGGAGGGAGGAACGCAGUGGGCAUCCUGCACUGUCACGCCCAAGAUUCCCCGCGGCUUGUUGCCCACGAAGCCACGGUCGUCGACACGCAAUAUACCCUCGGCCGACGCUCGUCGCAAUUUGCUCUGGCCGAUCGGCUUACAACGAAACAACCAUGGAUUCAAGCAGGUGAAGUUUCAAAUUGCCCCAUCUGCGAUAAGUGGUUCCUAUUGAAGAGCAAUCAAUAUGGCAGUGAAAUCCCACAUCCGAAACACGCCACGCCGACCGACAAAUCACGCUGGAUAACCAAAAACCUCUCGAAGAAGGACAAGGCUGACACGUGGGCGUUGGAGCGUUUCUAUGGGUACCCUUCUUCCCGAACGAAGGGCAUAGCUGUGGAAAGUCGAGCUGGUCCUGAUGAGUAUCAUCAAUGGCAGAAGAAACAGGAUGAAUGUUGUGGCUACUUACCUGCGGAAUGGAAGGCACUGCAAGAGGAACUGAAGGCUCUGUCGGGUCAGAUGAAUCCCCGUAAACGCCAGAACAGGAUCUCUAAAAAGACGAAUCGUCGCCAUGCAGCUCCUGGCAAAAAUAUCAGGCCAGCCUACGCACGAACAAGCAGCGUGACCGAAAUGUCUGAAGCAGAGGACCUUAGCCCAGCAGCGUCAAGUAAGGCUUCGUGGACCGAUCAUGCAGUCUUCGGAGUGGUGGCACACUCAGACCUUAUUCCCGAUUCGAUGCUUACCACAGCGGGAUCCAGUAAUAUGCCUCAGUAUGCGACUGACCACUUUGCAUAUACUAUACCACCUCUCGAAGGCUUGGACUCUGACGAGCUGAGGGCACAAAUAGUCUUGCAAGAGGCACAUUCUGAGUCGAGAUACUUCGCUGCAGACGAUGUGCACUACUAUCAAGGCAUGCUAUCGAGAGGUGUCUCAACACCUCUUUGCCAAAUUGGUAAAGAUGUCUUACUAAACAUUCGACUCGUGCCUCAUUUGGCGGGAGGCCUGGCCCCGAGAAGCUCCGAUGCAACAAUCAGAGAAGCGAUUUUAGAAAUGGGGAAGAGGCAACGAUAUGAAACACGCUUCGCAAACACAACAGCACCUUUCACACAAUCGGCCUCGUUCUCUGCUGCUCAAAGCCAACUAAUUCAUCCCGAGAUGAGCCGGGCUUUUCGAUCACCCAUCCAGCCCAACUUCUUUAGGCAACUCAUACCUCCACCAAGCGUCACGCUACGCAAUCCAUUGCUUUAUCAACAACCGCUACACCCUUGGGAUGCUUGGAACAUAGGGUCAAAUCAGUAG